AUGCCGGCAAGCAUGCAUGACGUGCCGACGUCAUCCACAAAUGGUCUUCAACGCAAACACCCAUCAGACCAUGCUGAACACGCAGCCAAUGUUAAAACCGAUUUUCUGUGUCGCGUCAAGUACAGUAACACUCUUCCUGAUAUUCCGUUCGAAGCCAAGUUUCUUCCGUGCCCGUUCACAUCUUUGAGCAGAUUCAUCGAAUACAAACAAACAGGGUUAGAGAAGAACUUUAAAUUCGAGUUAUUAACCGAAUCGGAUUUGGGUGUUAAAAUCGAUUUGAUCAAUCCAGAAACAUAUUUCGUCGAUACUGACUCACCCAAAAAACCG